AUGCUUGAUUAUUCCUCCACUGAUUUUAUGUCGACUUUUGAACCAGAAGAAACUAAUACUCAAACCUUGGAUUCAGAUCUCAGUUUAGGAUCCUCCUCUCUCGACUCCUUUUUUGCUGAUGAAUCAAAUCCUCCAAUUGAUCAUCCUUCAACUCCCAAUUUCGUUGCCAAUGAUCAAAUAUUUCGUAACGAAGAUGAUUAUUUUAAUGAUGAUUUAAAUCGUCCGUUAUUGUCUCCAGAUUUCAAAUCUACUUCCCCAACAAUUAUCAGCACAGAUGAAAACAAUCCCAAGAUCCAUCACGCCUCUCUCGGUCAGAGCACCAUUGCUACUUCCUCUACCAACCAAGAAGCAGCAGUUGCUGAUGCGAGUCAAUUAUUGUUUGAUCCCUUGAAUUCUCUUGAUGAUGGUGUUCAAGACUUGGUGGUGGUUGAUGAGGGUAGUGUUGCUACUGUUGUUGUUGAUCCAGCACCUCCCUCUACUUCUGAAACAACCACUACCGAUAGUGGUGCAGCCACUUGUUCUCAAGAAGAAUUAAUGUGGUGGUGGUGGCUCUAUCUAUCAGAGCAAGGACUUGGUGCAGCAGCAGCAACAACAACAACAGCAACCCAUGGUAAUACUGAGAGUCCAUCUUGUGUAUCUUUUGUACAACCAAAAAUACCUUCUCCAAUGUAUGAUUGUCCAAAUCAUAUCGUUAAUACCAACACUGAGAAUGAUGAAGCUAAUAACAAGAAGAAGAGAAAGAGAAGAGGUGGUAAUGACCCAACAACCUCUCGUACCACUUCUUCUCAGCCUUCUCUUGCUUCUACUUCCGAAGAAGAAGAAGCAUCCUCUUUGGAAAGUAAGACCAAGAAGAGAAAAACUGCAAAGAAGAAGAAAGCUAAAGGAAACUCCUCUGCAGCUGCCAGUAGUAGUAGUAGCAGUCGUCGUAGCAGUGAUGAAGAGAGCACAACUUCAGACCAUUGUACCAAUUCACAGACGAGUCAAUGGUACAAUAAGCUCUCAGCCUCUGCCACUUAUUUGGAGUUGGAACUUGUGAAUGGUUCCACCUUAGCCAAGAAUUCCAUUGAUCUACAUAUCUAUUCAAGUCCAAGACGCCAAUAUGGACCAAUUGAAGGAGAUUUAGAUGAUUUGAAAUACCAUCAAACAUUGAGAAUCCAUGUUGGUCCUCUUUCCGAAUACAGAAUUCUGUCCAACCACAUUUACAUUUCGUUGAAGGAAGUGUUGAAACAAAUUCGAAAACCACGCAAAACCCAUACUUGGAUCAGAAUUGAAAACUCGCCUCAAUUCCUAUUUCUGUAUUGCCAAACAGGAAAAGCUCCAGGCGUUCAUAAUGUUGUGAACAUUUCUUCAAGUGGCACCAUUACCUCAAGAACAGGUAGCUUGAACAAGUAUUCACCAUGUGCCAAAAAACCAAAUGAUUAUGAAUUUAUCAUACUCGAUCAUUGCUCAAAAACUAGUCAUUGA